UGAAACCGUGCGGUCGUCGUGGUUGCUCCAAGAUCGAGAGGAACCGCCGACCUGCCAAGAAGCGAUGCAGGCAAGCGUUGCGGUUGCCGAGGCUCUCGAUGCCGGGAAUCUCACGGCGCCGCCCGUCGCCGGCGCGGCUGACUUCGCGGUGGCCGGGCUCGCCGUGGCCAUCGCCGCGCUUGCCGUCGCGGCGUCGUUCGUGCUCGUCUCCUUCGACGCGCACGCGGCGGGGCAGGGCCGGCUGCGCCGCAUCCUCGACCUCGGCCCGUCGCUGUGCGGGCCACGCCUGCUGCUCGCCUUCUUCGUGGGGCUCCUGGCCGCCGCCGAGAUGCUCCGCCUCCCGUUCUUCCGCGGCGCCACCAUGCUGCCGUCGCGCCGCCACGUCAUGCCGUGCCUCGCGUACCCGCUCGUCGCCCACGGCAUCGCCGAGCCAGGGCUUCUCGCCAGCGUGCUCCUGCUGCUGCGCGCGUCCGUCGGCAGCGCGCGGCUGCCGGCGGCCGCGCUCGCCGUGCCGCUCGCCUGCCUGCCGUUCCUCACCGCGCACGUUGCGGUGCUCGCCACGCCGGCCACCGUCGCCGCGUACCCAGGCCAGCUCGCGCACGCCGCCGACAGCGUCGGCCACUGCGCGUACCCGGCGUACGCCGCCACGCUGCUCCUCGCCCUCGUCGCGGUCUACCUGCCGCUGCUCGCCACCGCGUGCUGGGACGUGGCCGCCGUCGCCAUCAACAGGCGGCUGCGCGCCAGGGCGUACGCGCUCUCCGUGCUCAUCCUCGUGCCCCUGCCGCUGCAGGUGCUGGCGCUCGCCCUGACCUCGGUGUGGGACAUGCACCAGUACACGUCCCCGACCGUCGGCCUAGUUGGGUUCGUCGCCGUGGCGGUGGCCGCCGAGGCGACGCUUGUCAUCCUCGUCAUGCUGCCGGUUCACGAUUCGCUUGUCCUCGUCCAGCAGCUGCCGGCAGCGACCGCCGGCCAGGAAGCGCCUGAUGACGACCACGGAAGAUGACCAAGGAAAUUGAUUUGCCCAGGCAUGCUGUCGAGAUCGAGCGGUCAGUUCGAUACAAUUUUCACCACCGACGGCAUUCCAGCAGGGAGAUCAGUAGAGAUGCAACUAACAUAGUUGAUUUGACCCUUUUUUUCAUAUCGUGUUUUGUAAAUUAUGUACCCCUAUAUGUAAGUGUAUACAUAGUAUAGAUCAACUGUACAUUUUUGUAGUCAACAAUAAUAAGUAUCAAAUUGAAAGCAGUAACAUAUUCAUUGCAAAAAAAAAAA